UAUAGUUGAAGGAGCUCCACCAUAUAUAUAUUUUUGUGUACAAAGUUAGCAACGCUCACCACCGCCUUUGCCACAGAGCCAAACAUGGCGGAAGAAGAAGAAAUAGUGGGAGAAGUAGAAGCAUUACAAGCUGUUUACGGCGAUGAUUGCUUACUCCUACAAACUUAUCCUCCUUCGUUUCAUCUUCAUAUCAAGCCUCGUACUGCCGAUGACUCUUCUCAACAGUUUGUGGAAGCAAUCAUAGGAAUCCAGGCUGGUUCAAAGUAUCCUGACGAGCCCCCUGCUAUUAGAAUUGUUGAUUCCAAGGGUCUUGAUGAGCAAAGGCAAAAACAAUUGAUAAGUUGUAUUUCAGAAAGGGCCAGUGAACUUUCUUCAUGUCUAAUGCUUGUAGCACUUUGUGAGGAAGCAGUGGAGCAGCUUUCGAGUAUGAAUCACCCUGAUGGAGAGUGUCCGUUGUGCUUGUAUCCGUUAGUUGCUGAAGAUUCAGGAAGCUCUGAGCCAUUUAUGAAACUAAUGUCUUGUUUUCAUUGCUUUCAUUGUGAGUGCAUCAUCAGAUGGUGGAAUUGGCUUGAACUACUAAAAGAAUCUGAUGCCCCUACAGCUUCUGGUUCUGCUUCAUCUUCUGGAAGUAUCAGGGAUCAGGAUGAAGAAUCUAGGAGGAAGUGCCCAGUUUGUCGCAAAUCUUUUCUUGCAAAGGACAUUGAGCAUGUGCUUGACUUUGUGAAGACUCAGCAUGCUGUGACGUCCAGCAGGUUUGAAGUCAACAAUGAGGACAAAAUUCUUUCCUCAGACUCGGAAAAAUUAAGAAGAGAGAAAUUUGAUGCAAUACUGAAACUCCAGCAAGAGAAGGGCGGCCUAAUUGAAAUCAAAAAGCAUGAAGUGUUGCGGCCAGGUAUUUUUCUUCCACAACCUGCCGCAUUACCCUCAACAGCAUCCACUGAGGAGGCAAAAGAGCAACAAGAAAAAGGUAUGGCAGUCAACUCCAGAACAAAUUCUAGUGGUUCCACAAACAAACCUAAUACCAGUAGAGCAAGGAACUCCGGCACAAAGAAACACCAGGGGCACAAUUCAAGAAAACAAGUUGCUCAAAGUUCAAGAAAACAAGUCACUCAGUGGGUUAAGAAAGAAAAUAGUAAUGCGACGUGAUA